AUGGCGGAGCGGCCCUUCCACCGACCCAUCCAGAGACAAAGUAUGGUCCGUUCCAUAAAGCUGCCUCGAAACCAAGUUGCAACUAACGAGGCACUAAACGGGAAAAUGGAAGCCUCAUCCAUGGAAACGAGUGCAGUAGGCGCUACCAGACUAACCCCCCGACGUGGACUUCCAAUCGAUCUGCCCAUUUUCCGCCGGUUGUCGUUGAACGGAGAGAAGCUGCAAGACAAUCCCUACUGGAUCGAGAAGAGCAAUUACUCAACAAAGACGGACCGGCGCCAAGCGACUCGACAAAAGGUGAGGAUGAAGGACGGAGUCAGAGAUAGCUUUCGCGUUUAA